UGGGUUGUAGGGAUGUUCCGUGCUGCUGUGGACAUCCAGCCCGCCUGCCUCGGGCUGUACUGCGGCAGGACCGUCCUAUCAGUCAACGGCUCCGUGGAGACUUAUGGGGACUGCGGGGUAUGUCCUAGAGGUCAAAGAACUGAUGACAACAAAAUCUGCCGGGAAUGUAUGGGAUCUCCAGACCGCUAUGACUGGUUAUACCUUGGCUUCAUGGCCAUGCUCCCCCUGGUUUUACACUGGUUCUUUAUUGAAUGGUAUUCAGGAAAAAAAAGUUCCCGCGCACUGUUGCAGCAUGUAACUGCCUUGUUCGAGUGCAGCGUUGCAGCAAUUGUUACACUGCUCGUCAGUGACCCUGUUGGCUCAGUGCAUAUCCGCUCCUGCAAGGUGAAGAAGCUUUCGGACUGGUACACGAUGCUUUACAACCCAAGCCCUGACUACAUCACCACGGUGCACUGCACUCACGAAGCAGUCUAUCCACUGUACACCAUUGUGUUUAUAUAUUACGCUUUCUGUCUUGUGUUAAUGAUGCUACUUCGGCCUCUUCUGGUUAAGAAAAUUGCCUGUGGUUUAGGAAAGUCUGAUCGAUUUAAAAGCAUUUAUGCAGCACUGUACUUCUUCCCUAUCCUCACUGUGCUUCAGGCUGUUGGAGGAGGCCUGCUUUAUUAUGCCUUCCCAUACAUCAUACUGGUGUUGUCUUUAGUUACACUGGCUGUGUACAUGUCUGCGUCUGAAGUGGAGUCUUUCAAGGAUCUUCUUGUGAGGAAGAAAAGGCUUGUUGUUCUCUUCAGCCACUGGUUACUUCAUGCCUAUGGAAUCAUCUCCAUUUCCAAACUGGAUAAGCUUGAGCAGGACCUGCCAUUGCUUGCCUUGGUACCUGCACCUGCCCUCUUCUACUUGCUGACAGCAAAGUACACUGAACCAUCACGCAUACUCUCGGAAGGCGGAAAUGGACAUUGAAAGGAGCCUGUGCCAAAAGCACUGUCCAGAUGAUCUGAAUUAAGCAAUGCUUAAUUAAUAAAGCAAGCUUAAUUAAGCUUGUUAUGCUUUGGAAACUUCUGUUUUAGAAGUUAUUUAUGAACCAGACUUCUAGGUGAAACACCUGAAUGAGACUGGAGAAUACAAAAAAAGCUGCACUUUGUGUUCUUAAAUAUCUGGUAUAGAUGGAAGGGAAUGUCCUUGUAUCUGUUUAUCACUGUGAAUCUGUAUAAAAAGCUUGCGCCACAUUCUAGUAUAGGGAUUUGCUUGUAUGUGUUUGUUUCUUAAUACAGUAUUUUAGGUUGUGUUUGAAUAAAAUGUUAGAGUUGGGCUUUCAGUAGACUUAAUGAAACAAAUAGAGUCUUUUCUCUGUAUUGUACAGGAAGAUAACCAAAGCACGUAUCCUGUAUAUAAAUCACCAGUAACGUCAUGCUAUAGAGGGUCUAGAAAAAGAUGCAGAGCAGUACUGAAGGUUUAAACACAGGAGUAAGAGCAAUAGGAAACAAUAGUGCUGUUUUCUUAUUGUCUGCGCCACCAGUGGAAAUACUUUUCUUUCCAUCAAAAAAUAGAACACAUUGAGCAUGAUUCCUUAUGAUGAAAGGUAGAAGGAGAGGAAAUGCAUUUUUAAAUUCCCUAUAAAAGUAUAGUUUAUGGUCUAUGUACUUCAUGGAAAUGAUUAAACAGCAGUAUUCUUCCCACAAACUCCA